UUGUGUGUGUACAAAAAAUGUAGAACGAAGUAACCAACAACAAUUAGAUAGAACAUCAAGCAAGUGUAAUCUAAGUAAUAAUACAAAUCUAAACAUCAAAAUAAUCUUUCUGUGCGUGUCAUUGUAGAGUCAUGUUCAGCCCACUACGUUCAGCAGUAAGACAAGAGAGAUGUAGAUUUGCAUCAUCAGUUGCCAAAGACACUGCUGCUACAUUCUAUUACAACAGGAACCCAAGAAAUCUUGAGAAGUUAAGGAUAGCUCUGAAACCACAAGGGUUCCACUUGGAUAAACCUGGGAAAUCAUACUGGAACAAAUUAGUCCUCAAGUACAAUCGGAGUGCCCGCAGUGUGACAGGAGAAGUUGUCCACAACUCCGGGCAUGUAGCUGUUUCUGCUUCCACCAAUGAAUGGGCACUUUGUAAACAGUUGUACAGGUUGGUAAACUUUCAGUCUUGGUUUAAAACUCACAAUUUAUUUUGUUUUAUUGAAAUUUCAAAUUUUAUGCUGAUUUAUAUUAUACUAAAUGAAUAACUGUGUAGUAUUUGU